ACUCCCAAGACAAUCUCCAAGAGUGAAUUGUUAAGCCAUACCAAUCAAGUUGCUGGACAUGAUGCUGCCGUCUAUACCACGCAAAGUGGGGAUUUGGUCGUUAAGCCUUGCUUACCUGCAGAAGCAGACUUUUACCAAGCAGCAUUGCUCAAGCAGCCUACAGGUACCAGCAAGUCACAGUUGGCAUUGUUGAAACGUCUUUCGGUCUUCUUGCCAACGUAUCAUGGUACUGUCGAUAUUGAUGAAGGAAAUAAUACCGCUGCGACUAGAGCUGUCAUCAUUGAGAACCUCACUCGCGGGUACAAGCAUGCAAACGUGUUGGACCUCAAGCUUGGAAAACAAUUCUGGGAUGAAUCAUCUUCUGUCGAAAAGCGUACUCGAAUGGAAGAAUCUUCAAAGAACACCACAAGUGGCACUACCGGCAUUCGUUUGACCGGAUGGCAAAUUUGGGAUAGCAUCACUUCUCAAACGAUCAAAGUCGAUAAAGCCUUUGGCAAAGGUAUCAAGGUUGACCAACUUGAGAUUGGUUUGCGUUCAUUCUUUGGUUUAGGCAGCGAAGCAGAUGCUGAAGUUGUUUCACAGUUCAAUAGUACUCCUGCUGAAAGGGUUCGUUUACCUGUCAAAGCUGUAGAGCACAUCAUCAGCGAUGGUAUUCUUCCUGCUUUGAAGGAAUUGAAUGACAUCAUCAAGAAGCUCGAAUGGCGCGUCCGAGGAGGAAGUAUGUUGAUCGUAUAUGAAGGUGAUCCAGAGGUCUUGACAAAGAGAGUCAACAAUGAUCACGUUGAUCGUCUAGUCGAUGUUCGUUUGAUUGACUUUGCUCACGCUACCUUUACGCCUGGUAAGGGUAAAGAUGAAGGCUAUUUAGCUGGAUUGCAAACUACGAAUACAUUAAUGACCAAA